UCGGAGCGGCGCCCGCGUGGAUGGGAUGGAAGCGGGACCCUCGGGAGCAGCUGCAGGCGCAUACCUGCCACCCUUGCAGCAGGUAUUUCAAGCGCCGCGUCGGCCCGGGAUAGGAACCGUUGGGAAACCCAUCAAGCUCUUAGCCAACUACUUUGAAGUGGACAUUCCCAAGAUCGAUGUGUAUCAUUAUGAAGUGGAUAUCAAGCCCGACAAAUGUCCACGCAGAGUCAACAGGGAAGUCGUGGAGUACAUGGUACAACACUUCAAACCUCAGAUCUUUGGUGACCGGAAGCCAGUCUACGAUGGGAAGAAAAACAUUUACACUGUUACGGCCUUACCCAUUGGAAAUGAGAGGGUUGACUUUGAGGUGACAAUCCCAGGAGAAGGCAAGGACAGGAUAUUUAAGGUCUCUAUCAAGUGGAUGGCCAUUGUGAGCUGGCGCAUGCUCCACGAAGCCUUGGUGAGCGGGCAGAUCCCUGUCCCUUUGGAGUCUGUGCAGGCACUGGAUGUGGCCAUGAGGCACCUGGCUUCCAUGAGGUACACCCCCGUUGGCCGUUCCUUCUUCUCCCCACCUGAAGGUUACUACCACCCCCUGGGAGGCGGCAGGGAGGUCUGGUUUGGUUUCCACCAGUCUGUCAGGCCUGCCAUGUGGAAGAUGAUGCUCAACAUUGAUGUUUCUGCAACGGCCUUCUACAAAGCCCAGCCUGUAAUUGAAUUCAUGUGUGAGGUGCUGGAUAUCCGGAACAUCGAUGAACAACCGAAGCCACUGACAGACUCGCAGAGAGUGCGUUUCACCAAGGAGAUCAAAGGUUUGAAAGUAGAGGUUACCCACUGUGGGCAGAUGAAGAGGAAAUACCGUGUGUGUAACGUUACCAGGCGGCCAGCCAGCCACCAGACGUUUCCCCUGCAGCUGGAGAGCGGUCAGACAGUGGAGUGCACAGUGGCUCAGUACUUCAAGCAGAAAUACAACCUGCAGCUGAAAUACCCUCACCUCCCGUGUCUCCAGGUUGGCCAAGAGCAGAAGCACACGUACCUGCCCUUGGAGGUGUGUAACAUCGUGGCAGGCCAGCGGUGCAUCAAGAAGCUCACAGACAAUCAAACAUCAACCAUGAUAAAAGCAACGGCCAGGUCUGCCCCAGAUAGGCAGGAGGAGAUCAGCCGCCUGAUGAAGAACGCCAGCUACAACCUGGAUCCGUACAUUCAGGAGUUUGGGAUCAAGGUGAAAGAUGACAUGACAGAGGUGACAGGGAGGGUCCUGCCAGCGCCCAUUCUGCAGUAUGGAGGCAGGAACCGGGCCAUUGCAACUCCCAACCAAGGCGUGUGGGACAUGCGAGGGAAGCAGUUCUACAACGGCAUUGAGAUCAAAGUCUGGGCGAUUGCUUGCUUUGCCCCGCAGAAGCAGUGUCGAGAAGAGGUGCUGAAGAACUUUACAGACCAGCUGCGCAAGAUCUCCAAGGACGCAGGGAUGCCCAUCCAAGGCCAGCCCUGCUUCUGUAAAUACGCCCAGGGUGCAGACAGCGUGGAGCCCAUGUUUCGGCACCUCAAGAACACCUAUUCAGGGCUUCAGCUCAUCAUUGUCAUCCUGCCAGGAAAAACACCAGUGUACGCUGAGGUGAAGCGUGUUGGGGACACUCUCCUGGGAAUGGCCACGCAGUGUGUCCAGGUCAAGAAUGUGGUGAAAACCUCCCCACAGACCCUUUCCAACCUCUGCCUCAAGAUCAACGUCAAGCUUGGCGGGAUCAACAACAUCCUAGUGCCUCACCAGCGCUCUGCUGUCUUUCAGCAGCCAGUGAUAUUCCUCGGGGCUGAUGUCACUCACCCACCGGCUGGAGAUGGGAAGAAACCCUCUAUAACAGCUGUUGUGGGCAGCAUGGACGCCCACCCCAGCCGGUACUGUGCCACGGUGCGUGUGCAGCGUCCUCGCCAGGAAAUCAUCGAGGACUUGUCCUACAUGGUGAGGGAGCUCCUCAUCCAGUUCUACAAAUCCACGCGCUUCAAACCCACCAGAAUCAUCUUCUACCGUGACGGUGUUCCCGAGGGGCAGCUCCCCCAGAUCCUUCACUACGAGCUCCUAGCAAUCCGAGAUGCCUGCAUCAAACUGGAGAAGGAUUACCAGCCUGGCAUCACUUAUAUCGUUGUCCAGAAAAGGCAUCACACCCGUCUCUUCUGCGCAGACAAGAACGAGAGGAUUGGGAAGAGCGGGAACAUCCCAGCAGGAACAACAGUGGAUACAAACAUCACCCACCCUUUUGAGUUUGACUUUUACUUGUGCAGUCAUGCAGGCAUUCAGGGUACGAGCCGGCCCUCCCAUUACUACGUGCUCUGGGAUGACAACCGGUUCACCGCAGAUGAGCUGCAGAUCCUCACGUACCAGCUGUGCCAUACCUAUGUGCGCUGCACCCGCUCGGUCUCCAUCCCGGCCCCGGCGUACUAUGCCCGACUGGUGGCGUUCCGAGCGCGGUACCACCUCGUGGACAAGGAGCACGACAGUGGCGAGGGCAGCCAUAUAUCCGGACAGAGCAACGGCAGAGACCCCCAGGCCUUGGCAAAGGCUGUGCAGGUUCAUCAGGACACUUUACGUACCAUGUACUUUGCUUGAAAGCCUAACUUUUGUUACCUCACUCAAGAAAGCUUUCAGAUUUGUAGGAGCCAUACAAAAAAGGAAGCAUUGGGACACCUUGUUUUUUUUUUUUUUUUCCAAUGAGAAAUCACUGCAGGGCAGGCAGCGUCGAUUCGAGGCAGGAGACCAGCACCACCGGACAGAACGAUCCAACACCUUUGUAGGAUUGAAAGAGACUGAUUAUUUUUUUAAUUUUUUUCUGGCUUUGCAAAAUUUUGACCUGACCAAACUCACGAAGGCAUUCAAGGAAGGGAUAAAAGUCCCAGGAGGCGGAAGCAGGUUUUCAUGUUUAAGAUGCAAUACUAUAGACUCCUGACUGUGACAUGGCGGAUUUGGUCCUCCGUUGCCCACCAGGCGCUGGUAGGUAUUUUUUGUGGGGGUUGGGGGGAGGGGAUUUUUAGAGCCUUAAAACAGAAGACUAGAUUUAUAAAACUAAUAUUUUAGAAUAUGAGAUGCUUUAAUGGGUUCAGGGGAAAAACAACUAGUUUAUAGAUGAUUCUAACACUAACAGUUCCCCGCCCCCGACCGAUUCCCCCCCAUAUAACGUAAGGCACCCUAGCACUUAGCUCAGAACUGAAAACUGUCUUCCUUGUGUUCAAAGCUAGUUAGCUGCUGCCAUUUGAAGCAACAGUCACAGACUUUUCCAUGGGUGAGUGCCUUACUACGAUGCUGCAAAAUUUCAAUGUUUUUAAUCUUGUAAGGAAAACAGUAAUCUUGUCUUGAUGGUGGUCCAUAUUUCCAUCGGAAGGAGUUAAUUUCUAUGGUCCUGAGUUGCAGUUUGUGUUAGAUCACAACCUCACGGUGGUUAAACUCCGUUGAAAGAUGUGCACUUUCAUAUAGGACACGUUUAAUGGCUGCUGACCCACUUUUGUUUCCAGUGUACUACUUGUUAUUUAAAACUCUUUCUGACAAAUGGGGGCAUUGUCAUCCCACGAGGACAGAAAUCGCUCUCCAUUUUAAUUUUUUUUUUUUUUUUUCCUGAAUUUCUACGAUGAACACCGGGACUUUUUUUUUUUCUUUUUUUCUUUUUUUUUUUUUUAACCGAGCAUUAUUUUUAUACGAUACUGAGUCCGUUGCCAAAAUACACAAAGUCGCUCACGUUCUCAGAGUUUACAUGGCCGCGCUCGCUGGGGCUGCUCGCGCCGGAGAUGCCCAGCGUUCCCUGUGUGAGUGUUAGCAGCGCGGGGCCGAGCUCCGCCGUGGUGCUGCUCGUUUCUGCUGCUCUCUGUGUCACGGCGUCGCCCACGUCGUGCACGGGGUUCUCAUUCUGAAAGCACACCAGAGACGUUCCUUAGGCAGAGUGCUCCAAUCCUUGUUACCGUCGUGGGGAAGCUCCUACUGAUCUGUGCUUUUAACAGGAAGAAAAGCCGUUUUGUUUUGUUUUGUCUGUUUCCAGCAGUAACAUGGUGACUGCUUUUCACUCAUUUUGCUGCGCGGAACGACCAUCGUGCACAGCGGGGCAGUAGUAACGACCCAUUACCAAUAUCAUGUGGGCAGAUUGGGUUUUUUUUUUUCUAUAUGAAAGGUGUGCACAGCAGUUCCUUGAAGAGAGAAACUCUAUGUGCACGCCUGCUGAGCUCUUAGGGGAAGAGCUCUGCUAUCGUUUUACUGCCAAAAGUGAAGGUGUUGUAAAGCAGAUCUGCCACCAGCGCUGCCCCCUGGCAGUGUGUGCGGAUAGAAGCACACCUUUUUCUUUUGUACCUCCUGAUGUUUCAACUCGCCUUGCCUUCGUGAAAUCCACGUUAGUCGUGUUGGCCCAUUGAUCUGUCCUAACACCGGGAAUUCACUCUGCCUGUUUUCUUUUCGGGCAACGUGUUUGUGAAAAAUGAAGACAUCAAUAUGCUAUGCAAACUAAGCGCUGAGCCCACUGAUGUCACCUUUGGUGAAGAUCCUACAUUGAGCACAGUUGUAUUUUUCCUCGAGGCUGCGGUCUUCGGUUCAUAUUCUCCUUUGCACCUUGUGUCAAAUCCCUCUGCUGUCUGUCUGCAGGGUGGUGGGGAGGAGACCAGGAGCUCUUCAUGGUCAGUAGGGUAGGAAGUCUUAGGAAAGCUUUUAGAGAGCAGGGAAUGCAUCAACACUAAGUGUCAACGCGAGAAGCCUACUGUCACGGUAUUGUCUAAGGGUCUGCGUCCGUGACAAGGGGGGGGGACAGGCCCAAAA